ACCCACUGCACCCCAAGCGUUUUGCUUCAACCAGCGACACCAAUCUCUCCCUGACUCGAUCUCGAUCUCGAUCUCGAUUACUCGAGCUUGUUGUCGAAGGGAGUGGUGAUCGUUCCAUGGACGCAGCAGCGCCGCGGCUCGUUUACUGCGGGGCCGAGCCUCUCCGAUUCACGCUCUCCACACGCCGCUCCUCCGCCGUCGCCGGGAUUUCUCGCCGGAGAGUAUCCGGAAGGGUUCUAGCCGUCGCCACCGAGCCAAAACCUAGCCGUACGGGACCGUCCAAGCCCAACGAUCGUCGUACCGUCAAUGGGUCUUCUCCGCCGUCUUCUGGUUCAGACGGAGUCAACGGUGUUUCUUCGAGGAUUAACGGUGUAUCGAAAGAGAUUCAGAGAGUGAGGGCUCAAAUGGAAGAAGAUGAACAGUUGGCCGUGUUGAUGAGAGGACUUCGUGGCCAAAAUCUGAAAGAUUCAAUGUUUGCAGACGAUAAUAUUCAGCUAAGACUUGUCGAGACUGAUGAAAGCAGUGAAUUUUUGCCAUUGGUGUAUGAUCCAGCGAGCAUAUCUGCGUAUUGGGGUAAACGGCCACGAGCUGUUGCUACACGAAUUGUCCAAUUGCUUUCAGUUGCAGGGGGAUUUCUCUCACGUCUCCUGUCCGAUGUCAUAAACAAGAAGGUCAAAGAGAAUGAGGUGGCUAGGGCCAUUGAAUUGAGGGAAAUUGUAACCUCUUUGGGUCCGGCCUACAUUAAGCUCGGGCAAGCUUUGAGUAUUCGGCCAGAUAUACUAUCACCCUCUGCAAUGACAGAGCUGCAAAAGCUUUGUGAUAAGGUCCCUUCGUUUCCGGAUGAUGUAGCAAUGGAUCUUAUUGAGGAGGAGCUUGGGCAGCCAUGGUACAACCUCUAUUCGGAGCUCUCCCCUUCCCCAAUUGCUGCUGCAUCACUUGGGCAAGUGUACAAGGGCCGGUUAAAGGAAAAUGGAGACCAAGUAGCUGUGAAAGUACAGAGGCCUUUUGUUCUUGAGACUGUGACUAUUGACUUAUUCAUCAUAAGGAACUUGGGUUUAUUUCUCCGGAAGUUCCCUCAGGUGUCUGUAGAUGUUGUCGGCCUUGUUGAUGAGUGGGCUGCUCGCUUCUUUGAGGAGCUGGAUUAUGUUAAUGAAGGCGAGAAUGGUACACUUUUUGCAGAAAUGAUGAGGAAAGAUCUUCCACAAGUUGUUGUGCCAAAAACCUACGAGAAGUAUACUUCGAGGAAGGUUCUGACCACUCAAUGGAUCGAUGGGGAAAAACUGUCGCAAAGUACUGAGAGUGACGUCGGUGAACUUGUCAACGUUGGUGUCAUUUGUUACCUAAAGCAGUUGCUUGAUACUGGGUUUUUUCAUGCUGACCCUCAUCCUGGAAAUUUGAUUCGGACUCCAGACGGAAAGCUUGCCAUUCUUGAUUUCGGCCUUGUCACCAAAUUGACCGACGAUCAGAAGUACGGGAUGAUUGAAGCUAUAGCACACCUAAUUCACCGCGAUUAUGAUGCCAUAGUGAAGGAUUUUGUCAAACUUGGUUUCAUCCCCGAAGGGGUCAAUCUAGCACCGAUAUUACCCGUCCUGGCCAAGGUUUUCGAUCAGGCACUCGAAGGUGGUGGGGCAAAAAAUAUCAACUUCCAAGAAUUGGCAGCCGAUUUGGCGCAGAUAACUUUCGACUAUCCUUUCAGAAUUCCACCUUAUUUCGCCCUUAUAAUCCGAGCAAUUGGUGUACUGGAAGGGAUAGCUCUUGUGGGGAAUCCUGAAUUUGCAAUUGUGGAUGAGGCCUAUCCUUAUAUUGCACAGCGGCUCCUCACAGAUGAAUCUCCCCGACUGAGAGAGGCUUUACGGUACACAAUCUAUGGGAAAUCCGGUGUUUUUAAUGCGGAAAGAUUCAUCGACGUGAUGCAAGCCUUCGAGAGUUUCAUAACCGCAGCCAAAAGCGGAGGAGGGGAAAGUUUGAAUGGAGGCAUGGCGGAACUGGCUGUUCUGCAAAGUCAGACCACCAGUCUAGUUCCCGUGUUUUCGGUCAGUUCACCUCGAGAGAACCAGCCAGUUCAAACAAGAGUUGCAUUGUCUUUUCUGCUAUCCGAGAAAGGGAACUUCUUCCGCGAGUUUCUAUUGGACGAGAUAGUCAAAGGCAUCGACGCAGUAACAAGGGAACAGCUCGUGCAAGUUAUGGCGGUCCUUGGAGCAGGAAGCCCGACACCCGUUUUCAGCAUGGUACCCGCAUUUGGACCCUUCAAGCCCUCGGCUUUUCUGCCAUCCGUGACUGAAGAAGACAGAGCCAUUCUAAACAACGUUCAGAAAGUCGUCGAGUUCCUUACCGCGAGAAACUCUGUCUCAAACAAUCCCGACCAGGUGGUAGAUGUUUCUCAAGUUGUCAGAGAACUGCUUCCUGUGUUGCCUGGAAUCUCUGCCAAAGUGUUGCCUGAAGUGCUGAGUCGACUCAGCUCACGAGUGAUGGCCAGAAUCGUUAGGGAUACAUUUUUGUAAAUGUGACAAUUGUGCAUAUAUCACACUAUAUACAGCAGGGAAAAAUAGCGUAUAUGAUAUGGAUAUCCUUAACCCCCUUACAUUAUAAAAAAAAACACAGAACGGUCCAAAUACGUUUAUGUAAAGACAGAUCUGAUUAGAUAAUUCAGAUUUGGAGUUUACAAUGUU